CAAAUCCAAACUGUCUUCCAUCUUUUGAAAGUGAACGAAAUCAUGGUUUAGUUUCGGAAAGGGUACAUCAAAGUUUUAAAAACGGAAGUUUUCUUUUGAAGAGUAGUAUACUUUCCCUCGACUGCGUAAUACUCGAGCAAUCUUUUUAUUGGUACGUAGGCAGUGAAGAGAGAUACAAGCUGUGAUUUUUCUCAAUAUAUGGUUUGGAUCAGGGGCUAUACAGUUUGAGACAAGUUCCUUCACAAAAUCCCAACCGGCUGGAAGUACUUGAAGAUAAUUGUCAUUACCACAAUUUAAACAGUUCGAUAAAAGUGACAAUGAGUACAUUCUUCGUUGUCAUUUGUGUAUCUAUAGUCUCUGGAGUCAAUAUGUUUGCUCUAACUAGGAUGAAUAUCAGCUUGUCGGAACAAGACAUUAAUGGACAUUCUCUUAAACAACUUGGGGACGAAGCGGGUUUGUCAGCUCUGAGUUUGAUUGGACAAGCGCUUAUCAAUUUGGAAAACAAAACCAUUUCAGAGAUUGAAGACAGUAAUUUGCAGCUUCGGAAACAAAUAUGUGAUAUAAAUAAGUGUGAGCCUUGGUCAAAGUGGUCCAACUGCAGUGCUCUAAGCCAAGGCUCGUACGGGAUUCGAACUCGCGCGCGCACGUGCUGGGAUGAUGGUGGAAUAUGCGAUAAAACGGGGAGUGGGACCAUUGAAAAUCAAAGUGAAGUGUGUUCAGGCCUUGUUUGUCCUGUUCAAUAUGAAAUGGUUUCAAAAUUUUGUUUUAAAAUUCACACACGACAUGAUAUGACAAGAAACAAAGCCGAUGAGGAGUGCAAGAAGGAUGGAGGACAUAUAAUAAAUGUGGACACUCAAGAGAGAUUUGACAUUCUCGUCCAGAAAUAUAGUGAAAUCGGACUUGAUAAUACUUGGACUGAUGGUAAAAGAAACAUACAAGCGGGGCCUUGGAUUUAUGAGAGGGGAGGGGAUCCCAUGAAACAAAGUUUCUUCAAAUGGGGUAGCGACGAUCCUGAUAAUGCAUCGACUGACUUAUGCAAACGCUUUGAAAUAUCAAACAAACAAUGGUUCGACACAAAUUGUAACGCAGCGGCCUAUUCCUUCGUUUGUGAGAUUCGAAGUUAGAUUUAUGAACGCUGUGUAUUUAAACUUAUUUUCGAAGGUACAUUGCAAAUGGGGAUGGACAAGAUAUAUGUUCUCUUAAGGAAAGAAAAUGUGGAUUUGCUUGAUCGCCCAAUAUAAAUUAUUGAAUUGUGCCAUGAGGCAUUUGCUGUUUGUCAGGUUUAUGUUAUGCCAAUUAAUAUAUAUAUGCUAAGUACAGAAACAAGUCCAAAAACCGAAAGUUUAAACUCAUUUAUGUAUUGAGCCCAUGAUGUCAAGAAGUAUUUUCCUGUAACAGUGACUCGUUUUACGUUAUAUUAUGUUCGUAUUAGUAUAUAUAUGUAUAUAAUAGAUUAUCUAUAGGCAGCCAACUGGAUGAAACUUGGAUACGUUGUCAACAUGUUCUCUUUAGUCUAAUUUGCACAUGUAUAUGCUUUGACUGGUUAAUAUUUCUAUUGUAUUAUUUUUUGAUAAAAUUGACGAAUCAAUAAAUAUAUUUAUUUUUAUAACUUGAACCAAACCAACGACGUAACCAGUCUAAUACAAUUGACUGAGGAUGUUUUGCUGCAUGUUCAGCGUGAUGUUGCUGUGAAAUAAACAAUUUCAAUUAUUUAA